CUCCUGAGCAUACGAAUUCUUUAUCGUCAUCCACGGACCUUAAUAGCAACCUUAAUAACAACCUUAAUAACAACCUUAAUAACAACCUUAAUAACAACCUUAAUAACAAACAUGAAGAAGAACCUUUAAAUCAACAAGACCUACAACGACUUGAAAAAGUCAUUGAUUUAAUAUUUCCGAACAAAUCUGCCGCUGCAAAAGAAGCAGUUUCUAUUCUUUUAAAAUCUUCAAAUGCAUCUUCCACGAAAGACGAUGCAACUUCUAUGGUCCUUGACCUUCCAAUGAUCGUUGAUCAAGGCUUUGAAGCUGAUCAAAUAAAGUCACCAUUGGGUCAUAUUUUAAACCAUACCUACCCUAAUUCUUUGGUUGAAUUAGUUGGAAAACUUAACAAGAUGUCUAUAAACCCUGCAAGACUAGAAUUUAUGAAUCCAAGUGCGAAUUCACCUUUAAUAAAAUCGAGCACUUCCAAUAACCCUUCUUUAGUUAAUUUGGAACCUCCAUCAAAAGAAUUGCGUAAAAAAUUGAUAAAUGAUUAUUUUACCAAAUUUAAUGUUAUUGUUCCUAUUCUUGAUCGUAAAAAAUUCGCCGGUAUAUGGAAAGAUAAAUCUCAUCUUUCAGAAUUGUUGGUUAAUUCGACUUUAGCUGUAGCUGCAGCAAGGUAUUCUAAUGACCCGUCGAUACAAAAAACAUCCAAUAAACCAGGCGGCGUGUUUUUCGACUCCGCAAAGAGGUUAUUAGAUGCUAUGUACGAUACUCCAAGGCUUGAGACUGUCCAAGCUUUAUUUCUAUUAAGCAAUGCAGAGGUCAGUGUAUCACGUAUAAAUCGUGGAUCAAUGUUUCUUGGCAUGGCCGUACAAAUGGCCCAUGCUUUACAUCUUGAACGAGAUGAAGAAUCUUUACAUCCGGAAGAGGAUGAAGAAAGGCCAUUGGCCAAAUGGUUAAAGGAACUACCUGAUGAAUUACAAUACCAAUAUUUGCCUAAUACCGACCCACGAAGUCUCAUUCAAUUGGCAACAUUUUCUAUUUUUUCUGGUUAUAUUAAUAUUCUUUUUCAUACUUGUAUAAUUGUACUUCAUCAACCGUAUUUGACUAGUGCUUAUAAGAAUCCAAAAGUUGAAAUGCAAGGUCCAAGUGGCCCAAUUAAAACAUGUCUUACUGCAGCUAUGACACUUACAGACAUCGCCAGAACGACCCGGAAAUAUGACAAGGAAUCAGCUUGCAACUUUCAAUAUCUUAUAUAUGGAUUAUUUCAGUCGACAAUGGUGGAAUUGGACGUUAUUUAUGAAACACAAGAGUACGAUCCAAACGCUAAAAAGGCUCUAGAUGACUCAAUUGAAGAAUUAAGAUUUGCUGCGGAACAUUCUAGAUUUAUUUCUCUCCAAGAAAUAGUUAAAGAAUUAGAGGGGGUAAUAAUGAUAGUUAACGGCAAAUCUUCGGACAUUGUGAUUCCAUUUCCAGUUGUUAUGCAAAUGAUGGAAUCUCGGAAUAAUUUUGAAAACAAUUAUGGAAAUAUAAACAUUUGUAGAAAUUCAGGUUCAUCAAAAUAUUCUUUAUCAUCAGUUAGUGAAAAGGUAUCCACUUCAUCCAACGCAUCAGAUGAUGAUGAUGAUUUAAAGGUUAAAUAUUCUUCGUCACCUGAGCAAACAGAAUACCAAACUAAUAGAACACCUUCACAAUCAACACUAUCGGAUAAAUUAAAUUUAACUUCAACCUCUUUACCAUCACCAUCACAUUAUCUCCAACCACAUCCAUCUCCAACUCAUAAGCAACAAACAAAUCCAAAUAUGUACAUUAUGUCUUCUGAUUAUCAAGACCAAACCUCAUUACAAUAUCAUCAAUCUCAACCGAAUGUAUCACCUAAUUCGUCAGCUCAGUGGAACAAUUCAACAUUUUUUAUGAGUGAUGAAAUAUAUGGAUUUGUAAAUACUCAACAUAAUAUGCCGGGCGUGUCACCAAUAACAGCAAAUUCAUCCGAAGCUAAUGGAGCCGAAAUUGAUAAUUUGGCUGAACUAUAUUCUCCAUCAAUCAUAACAAAUUCGGAUAAAAGUAAUUCAAAUUCCGAUAACACAUUGCAAUAA